UUUAAGCAUUAUAAAAAAAAAGGUCAAUUGCCUGACCUUCAAGAUGUAAUUGACUUCGACAUUUAUGAAGCAAACAAUUCCGCUUACAGUUGGUGUAAUAUUCUUGCUGCUUUGUAUCACAGCAUCUAGUUCCAUUAGACUAUCGUUACCUAAUAUGGCGUCGAACGAUUUUAAGUUGGUUGACCACGUCCAAGACGGACAACUGGAAAAGUUCCCUCAACCUAAUCACAUCGUUCCAAUAGUCACCUGUUGAAUUCAUCACCACCUCACAAGGAGAAGAAUCACCUGUUGGAUUCAUCACCACCUCACAAGGAGAAGAAUCACCUGUUGAAUUCAUCACCACCUCACAAAGAGAAGAAGUCACCACCGUCCGACCAACCACACAUCGUCGCCAGACAACGAAGUUACGACGGAAGACAUAAUUGGCGCCCAACCAAUAAAUAGGAACCCAAACCAUUUUUACCUGCCGAUCUUUCUCGAUCGGCCUAAGUUUUGAAAAGUGCCAACCAUAAGCCAAUGAUUCAAUUUGGAUUUGGAUUUCGCAAGCAGCAUGGCACUCCAGAACAGCUGCAUAGAGUUGUCAACUAUGCGCUAGAGGCCAUAGAGAAGAAAGAGUAUGCGGUCGCUGUCUUCCUGGACAUACAGCAAGCUUUCGACAGGGUGUGGCACCCAGGACUUCUUUACAAAGCCAAGAGACUCUUAACCCCCCAGCUGUUCCAGGUUAUAAAGAGCUUCUUAGAAGGGCGCACAUUCCGAGUGGCUGACGAUGGGUGCAAGUCCUCCAUUAAAUCAAUCGAGGCUGGCGUUCCCCAGGGCAGUGUUCUAGGCCCCACACUGUACUCGAUAUUUUCAGCGGAUAUACCAAACCAUAUGGCAAUCACCUCAGUCGACAAAAGCGAUACGCUAAUAGCGACCUACGCCGACGACACUGCGGUGCUCACAAAAAGCAGUUGCAUACUACUAGCCAAAAGUGCACUGCAGGAGUUUUUGGACGCAUUCCAGGAAUGGGCAUCGAAAUGGAAUGUGUGCAUAAACGCAGGUAAAUGUGCAAACGUGACUUUCACAAAUCGAGUGCAAAACUGCCCAGUCGUAUCACUUAAUGGAAGAGUACUGGAUCAUUCACUUGCGCACAGGUACUUAGGUGUCAUCCUAGCCAGAAGCCUUACCUUCGAAAGACAUGUCACGUCACUGCAGCAACAAUAUAGAGCCAAAUUAAACAAGAUGUCCUGGUUACUCUCCGCCAAAAACAAAUUGUCGCUGGAGAACAAGGUCAAAAUAUACAAGUGCAUUUUAGCUGCCAGCCUAUUCUAUGCCAUACAGGUGUACGGUAUUACUGCCAAGUCGCACCUGAAUAAGAUCCGUGUGCUACAAGCUAAGACCUUGAGGAUGAUCUCUGGGUCUCCAUGGUACAUAAGGACACGUAACAUUGAGCGCGACCUUAAGCUGCCCAAAAUAGGUGACAGAAUUCAAGUGAUUGCCCAAAAAUACACGGAGAGGCUAGGAGCUCAUCCAAACAGUUUAGCUAGACGCCUAAAUACUGCCUGUAACCGUACAAGAGUAAGGAGGAGACUCAAACGCCAUCACCCUCAAGAUCUCCUGAACCGGAUCUUGACAUAAAUAUCUCAUACUAAAAUUUAGACGAUCUCCCCAGUAUCACCCCUUAACCCUCCCCCCUAUAAGCUAUCUUUAAUUCAUUGUUAUGGUCUAUCAUAAAUUAUUUUGUUAUUUUUAGUUUAAAUUUCUGAUUAGUUUAAGUUGCCUUGCAAGGUAGCAGCACACUUAUCUCGUUAAAUAA